GCCGGCGAUUAGGUGCAGGCGGAAGAGAGCAGGAAAAAGCCGGGCGGCGGAGGAACGAGAAAGGUCGGCCGCUGAGAGCGCAGGUCCUUGGGCGAGCGAGAAGAGCCGAGCCGGGCUGCUCAAUCACGCAGCCGCUGCUCCCACCAGCCUCGCCUUCGCCCCCUCUUUCUCGGCAGCGCUCUAAGGCGCCAGGCGCGUUGUGUUGUCGAGCUCCCCGCUCCCCAUCUUGGUCCCUUGUUGUCCCCCUUCCUCCGCCUCUCCAAGGGCGUGCGAGGAGGUGGUGACGGCGGCGGCGGAGGCGGCGAUGUACCCGCCGGGCUCCACCUGGAAUAUCUCCUUCGCGGGCUGCGGGUUCCUGGGGAUCUACCACAUCGGGGUCGCCAGCUGCCUCCAAGAACAUGCUCCUUUCUUGGUAGCCAACGCCAAGACCAUUUACGGCGCCUCGGCCGGAGCCCUGACGGCCACGGCCCUCGUUACUGGAGCCUGCUUAGGUGAAGCUGGUGCAAAUAUCAUUCUUGUCUCCAAAGAAGCUCGGAAGAGGUUUCUUGGCCCCUUGCACCCAUCUUUCAACUUGGUGAAAAUCAUCCGCACCUGCCUGUACAAGACCCUGCCAGACAAUGGGCAUGAGACGGCUAGUGGGCGCUUGGGCAUCUCACUGACGCGGGUCUCGGAUGGAGAGAAUGUCAUAUUAUCGGAGUUCAGCUCCAAAGAGGAGCUUAUCCAGGCAUGUGUUUGCAGCGCUUUCAUCCCCGUAUACUGUGGCUUGAUCCCUCCAAGUCUUCAAGGAGUGAGGUAUGUUGACGGAGGCAUUUCUGACAACCUGCCACAGUAUGAGCUGAAGAACACAAUCACAGUAUCCCCCUUCUCAGGGGAGAGCGAUAUCUGUCCACGGGAUAGUUCCACAAAUAUCCACGAGCUCAGGGUCACCAACACCAGCAUUCAGUUCAAUCUGCGUAACCUCUACCGCCUCUCGAAAGCCCUGUUUCCACCGGAGCCUCAGGUUAUGCGGGACAUGUGCAAGCAGGGCUACAGGGAUGCUUUGCACUUCCUGAAGAAGAAUGGUCUCCUCCAUCGCCCAAGACCCAUCCACCCUCUGCUGGCCAUUGAAAAUGGUGCUGGGGAGAGGAACUCCCAAGAAGAAGAAGAAGAAGAAGAUGGAGAAGAGGACCAGCUAGGGGAGAAUGCUGCACUUAAAGAGGCUGAAGAACACAUCCUUGAGCACUUGCCUCCUAGACUGAACCAAGCCCUUUUGGAAGCCUGUACCGAGAGGAGGGGGCUGUUCACUGGCAUUGCCAACCUGUUGCCUGUGCGCCUGGCAUCAACACUGAUGCUCCCCUACACGCUCCCUCUGGAGUCUGCUCUCUCCUUCACAGUCAGGUUGCUCGAGUGGCUGCCUGAUGUUCCAGAGGAUAUUAGAUGGAUGAAAGAGCAGACGAGGAAAGUCUGUCACUAUCUCAUGAGAAAAGCCAAGAAGAAGCUAGGAAGUCAUCUCUCAGCCAGGCUGUACUACCAUCUUGAACUCAGAAAGACCCAAAGUUUGCCUGUCCCGCUGAGCGUCGGCUAUGGGGAGGCCCUGCCCAAGUGGCUGCGCAACAACCUCUCCCUGACGGACGUUAUGACAAAAUGGGAAGAGUACCAGCGCCAGCUCAUGCUGGGGCUGUUCUGCAUCAACGUGGACCUGCAGGCUUCCAUCUUCCCAUCGGAAGGGCUGCAGAUGAGACACCCUCCGGCCAGCUGCACGCAAGAGAGCCUUCAGCUCUUCUAAGACUUCUACCACCGUUUGGGCAGGGAGAAAGGGAAGGCGGGUAGGCAGCGACUAUGGCUCGUCGGAACCCUAAUGGAGCUCCUAACACCCACUAAGAGAAUUUUCCCAAUCAGAGAGAGAAAAUUGAUAUCAAAAUAGCCAAUUGUGCCACUGCUAGGCAGGUGACUGGCAUAGUGUCGAAACCCACCAGAGUGUGCUAGGUGUUAUGUCCACUCUUGGAUGUGAUGGUGCAACUGCAACACAAGUGGUUGGUGUUUCGGUAGAAUUGAAAAGAGAGUUUCCUUUGGAGCACCUCCAAGGAGGCGUAAUCUUGAACUUGCUGUCUGUAAUAAGAAUAUUGGGACACAACCAGUGCUGCUCUGGCAUUUCUUUUGUUUUGGUUUUGACCUUCUUUGCCUUAAAUCAGUAUUGUAAAGUGUUUUUGGUUUUAAAGGUUUGAGUCCCCUGAGAUCGUCUUUCUCUGUGCAAUAGAACAGUUAAAAAAAAAAAAAAACCCCGAAAAGAAGGCAGCCUAGAAUGCCUGCCUGCCAAAGCAGUUCUUAUAUCCAAGGCAGUCCUUAGUUUUCAACUUUCAACAGAGCCACCUUCUAACUCUUGCUCCACAUCCUCAUGCAAAUCUAUGUGGGUGCUGCUUCUCAUGAUAUUGAUGUUAGAAAUUCAGAACUGUAAAACUAAACACCCUAACUAGGAUUCCUUGUUCUUCUCAAGCGUGCCUCCUCCUGAGAGAUCUUUUUACUCGCCGGGGGGGAUGAGAAAAGCUCUGAAAUGUGGUUGAUUAAACUGUGGCUGAGCUAUAUUUUUAGAUAUUGAUAGUUUUUUUCUCUCUUUUAUUUUAAAAUGUCUCAUGCUGUUUCUCUUCCCUUUCCAAUAACUACAGUUAUGCGUCUUAAUUCUUAACAUCUUUACUCACAUAAGGGAUGUAAAGAAGGAUAGAGGAAGAGGAAGGCAGGACUAAGAUGGUCCAAUGUAUGUUUUAAAAUGGUUUGUGACUAGUCUGAUUAACUGGAGCUGGCCAUACAAGGAAAGAGGAGAGGAGGGAUUUGAUUCCACUUGCAAAGCUGUUAGGACGUAGAGGCCGAAGUCCCCACUGGUCCAAAAGGAUUUAACAGUCAGUGGCAGGGGUCGGCCACCGUUUUGGGCCCGUGGACACAUUUGAUAGUUGUCUUGGACAUUAUGGAGAAAAGGCUUCCAUAGGCGCUGUGGCUAGACACUAUGUAGUCCUGGGGCAUUCAUGGGAUUCACAGCUGGAAAUGCAUUGUUGCGCAUGGGCACCAUAUUGCCAAGCCCUGUUCUAUGGAAUCCUUUCCUUUGUGCCAGAGGGAAAUUUUGUCCCUUCUGGAAGAAGCUGACAGUCCCCAACAGGAUUGUUGCUGUUAAUUGCUCUGCGGUGAGGGCAGGGGUAGGUAAAGAGGGUCUGGGCUUGGGUGAUCUCAAAAGGAAUUACAGUAGUGCAUGAACAGGGUGGGGACAGAGCUGGCGAUUCAGAAACACCAAACUCAGUCCACAUCCUUCUUUGCAUCCUCUUCAAAACUUUCUUUUCUUUCUUUUGAGAUAAUGGAGCACAUAAAUUCAUGCCUAUCAGUUAACCAGGAGGGUCUCCCUCCCCCUUCCUAUAUCCACAUAUGCAGAAGGGCAUUUAAUUGCUUGCCAGGGAUUUAGAGCCUUCCAGAAUCAAAGGUCUGGUACAUGUUACCAGUGCUUUUCCUAAGCCACCCACCACAUUCCUUUGCUGGAGUUGCCCACUGUAGUAUGUGUUAGAGAUGAAGCACUCCAUAUAACAGAGCAAGCCUCACCAGCUGUAUACAAUGCCUCUUCUUAGAGCCCAUUAUCAAAUGUACUAUUACUUGUCACCAGCACGGAACUUUAUCUCCUGUUCCACUACUGCUGCUGCUGCCUUGUUCCGGCUACUGUGUAGCACGGCAAAGAUGUCCUGUUAUUGCAAAGCAGCAGGGAUCCCCUUUCAUAGAGCAGUACUAUUUAAUCUGGUGUGUUGUGUUUUCUGUGUGUGUGUGUGUGUAGAAAAUAUACAAUUCCUUCCCUACUUUGAUUUUGUACUCUAAAAGCACAACUAUUUUGUGCUACAGGGACAAACGAAUUUUGGUAUAUUUGUACCUAGGGGUGGGUGGGUAGGUCGAAUUUCUUUGUACUUUAACCAGAUAGUCAUUUCUGUUCCUCUCGAUUCAAACAAACUGUUGAAUGCCAAAGAUAACACAAUGGCAGGAGAGGGGGAGGUGCAGGUAGUUAAGCAGCAUUAUAGUGAUAGAUUCUGAAGUGCCACUGGAGAACAAAAGUGUAAAUGUACUUAUGUGCACAUACUUCGCUGCACAGCAAAGCUAUGCCCUCAACAGACAUCCAAUAGGUUUGUGUUUGGGUAUGCCAAAGCAUAGGAGAGGCAUCUUUUUAUACAGUUGAGCUUUUAGUAAAGACUGAUAGUGUUUGUCUGCUUGGGCAACACUACCUUGUAGUGCAAAACCUUCUGGUAGACAAACACCUAGGAGUUUGAUGGCCAAAUAAUAGCAUUUUUAAAAUCUGUCAUCUGCACACCGUCUGGAGUGAUGGAAAUGUUAGAAGGGUUUUUUGUUGUUAGAGGGGGGGAAGCAGUAUUAUAAACAUAGGCUUGAUGUAGAAAGAUAAAUAUUUCAGUUCUUAAUUGGCUGCUCAUAUAGCACAAGUGCCUGCUUUUGUCUCUGCAGCAAACUUUUGUAAACCACCCAGAGAGCUUCGGCUAUGAGGCGGUAUAUAAAUUUAAUAAAUAAAUAAAUUUAGACUUAUUUUAAAUAUCGUUUGGAAAAGUGGAGCUCUUAGAGAGCGUAGCUUUUGUGACUGAGCAGGAUAGGGGUGGUGAGGUUUCAGCACUGCGGCCAGUUAAAUUGUCACUCUCCUGUACUUUAUGUAAAUACUCUGGGUGACAAAGAAUUCACUUGUUCUCUCUGCAAACAUUUGCUUUAGACGGAGUGCUUGUAGUAAAUCGCAAAAGAUCCACAGCAGACCAGCCUAACUCCUGGUCUCUGGGAUCUCCAUUGACUUUAGAUCAAUGAAAAUUUAACUUUGGGGACACUCCUGACAUGCUGUGUGCCUUUUAAAAAUAAAAUAAAAAUCUGUUGGAUAAGAAAACAAAGCAGCCAGCAACUAUUGGUGCAGAGGGAAACAAGAAUAGAGGUCCUUAUCAUUUUAAUUGAAAUAUAAUCUGAGAUGCCAGAAGUGGAAGUUUUCUUUGGAGGAAGAAAUAACUGUUAACUGUUUGGGACUUGCUCUGUUGCAUAUGAAGACUUAUGUCACCUACACUUUUAUUGAGGAAGAAAAAAAUACACCUGAAGAUAAUGACCUGUUGGUUGUAUUUAACAUUUUCCAAUGUGUUUCUCCAUUCUGUAUCCAUAAAAUAAUAGCAGGCAUCUCUCAACAGAAGGCCUCUGACUAGAAAACACUCAGUAGAGUUUUUGGGAGGUUGAAGUGUAGCUUGGCAAAGACGAGGCCUGCUUAUAAAUCAAGUCUCUUGCAUGAAGGAUAAUGAUUGCUAGAAACUUGCUGCUGUUCAUUGAACUAUUAGCUGACUAACCUGCUACAGGUAACUCCUCUUAGGGAAAAAAAUCCUUGUAUUUUGUAAUAAUGAGAAAAAUGUGGCUUUCCUUUUGUCUUCCCAAGGUUGGGCAGGCACCAGAUUUUUUUCUCACUGCUUAUAAUGUAAAUGUUACUUCUUGCCUUUAAGAAGACAAUGAAGCUGUGUUUGUGUGUUUACAUGUAUAACCAACCACUAAGUUAUUCAACACUGUAUCCUUUUUUAAAAUGUGUUGCACAAUUUAGUUCUUUCAAGCAAGCUGCUUCUUAAGGCACAAUGAUUGUACUGCUCGGUUUGUUUGCUGCUGAUAUACUGUGUUAUAAUUUAGAGAGUCCUUUUCUGAAGCAACCCAUCUAGCUAGAUGGGAAAAAUAACCAAGGCUAUAAAAACAGUUUUAUAAAGUAAACAUCAAACGAUCUUUCUGGACUAAUGAUAUCUUCUGCUGAAUCCAGAUUUUAGUGCCAAAAACUAGUAUUGCAACAAUGCACUGCAUGCUUGAAAGGGGAAACCACGAAGUUGGUAUAAAUGAUAAUUUAAAAUUGGUCCAAAUGUUAUUGUCUAAAUUUCAGCUCUAAUAAUGAUUGGACCUCUCACAGAAAUUGAGCAAAGUAAAUGGACAAUAGCCAAGUGCCAGCAGGGUAAAGCCUAACUCUCUCCACUGCCCUUUCUUUUAAAAAAAUAAAAUAAAAUUGAUACUUCAAACUUGGGAAGUCUUUUGGAUAAAGACUGACGUAGGUGUGAACAAUAUGAAACCUUGUGUGACUUGGCACACACCUUUUAAUAGGGCUUGCUCAAACUGAAGAACAGCAUCUGAUUACACCAGAAGCCAAUGGACUGCACACAUCUGUCAGUGUAGCAUUGUAUUUAAGUUUCCACAGUGCCUUUUUUAAAAUGCCAAGCAUUCCAGCCCUUGCUGCUGCUGUCCGAACAGCACCCAUUCCUCUCCUGUUCUCUGCGUCCAGCUUCCUUGAAUUCAGUAGUAGCUGCUGGGUUAGCAACACCAACGCAGAUGGAGUAGUUGCUGUGAUGAAAAAGUAAAGCCCUCCCCAUUCCACUGAUGCACACCGGCUUUUUAGAUAUACAUACAGGAAGUCCAAAAUGCCAAAUAGAGGGUGACACUUGACCUUAGAAACAAGCCCAUACUAUUUUGCAUUUGUCUUAUCGGGAACCUGAUAACUGUGCUAACUUUGGAUGUUAGGAGGGAUGUUCUCUGAUGCAGUUGUGCACUUCUGUGGACAGUUUGCGGUAGACCAGUUUUAGCGAGUAAUGAAGCCCUUUGUCUGAAAAAACAGCAGCAAGAUUAGUGAGGAAAUAAACAACUGAUUGUAUUUGCAUAGCAACUAUCAUUACGUGACAUUCUGAUAGUCAUUGCUUGAAAGUUCAGUGUUAAUUUUGUUCAUGCUUUGCUUCCGCCCCCCCCCCCCAUGUUUUACUGGAAUUGUGUUAAGUAUUUAUUUUGAAAAUAUACCUCCCUAAUAAAAUAAUUCCUAAACAUA